AAAUAAAACAGAAAACAAAUGAACAGAUAACGUUAAUUAAUUUGUAAAUUGCCGCGUUGUAAAUUAAAUCACUGAUUGAAAAUCAUUGCUAAUUAAAUAAUUAUUUACCCAAAAAUAUUAAGUUAUAAAUCAAACACUAAUGACAAAGUCACCAUCAUUUGUAAUAAUGGAAAGUUUUAGUUUAAAAAAUUUAUUUUUUUCAAGUAUAACAAUCUUAGUAUUAAUUUUAUCUAUGCUAUUUUUUUAUGAACCUGCUCAAAACGUAAUGUGUAGCUUAGCAAUAUUCGAACGAUUUUUGAUUAAUACUCCAACUGUGUGUUCUCUAUUCGACACUAAUCGUUUAAGUCGAUACAAUGGUGUUGACGGUGGAAAAAUAUAUUUGUCUAUUUUGGGUAAUGUAUUUGAUGUGACAGAAGGCAAAAGGUUCUAUGGACCAGGUGGUUCAUAUCAUGCAUUUUCUGGUAAGUAAAAUUAAAAAAUGCAGUUAAUUUACAUAUUAUAUUUUGUUCAUCAUAAUAGUAUUUAUUUGGUAAUGUUAAAAAUUUUAAUUUACAAUUAAACAUUUUUAACAUUAAAAUGUAGAGGCAUACAUUUUAACCAUUUUGGCUCAUACACCAUUAAACAAUGAAUCUCUAUGUAGCACUUGGUUAUCUGAUCGGUAAGGCUACACUACUGCAAUUACCAUACAAAUUAAGUACAUGGGGAAUCGAAAGAAAAAUAUAUUAGAAAAUAAAAGCUUCAUAAUAAAUUAAUACAUAAAUUUAAAAAAUAAUAGUGAAUGCAUAAGUUUAAUCAUCACUAACAUCACAUAAAAAUAAUUAGAUAACACAAUGAACGAAUGGCGUGUGGUUUUUUUUAUUAAAUCAAAAUGAUAAAACUGUAAAUGUUAUAGGUCGUGAUGCUAGUCGUUCAUUUAUUACCGGUUUAUUUGAUGAGGAAAACUUAACUGAUCACGUUAUUGAUAUGGAUCCAAAUGAUUUAAUAGGUUUGGAUACCUGGCUAAAUACUUAUAAAAAAAAAUAUAAAGAAAUUGGUAGGUACCUAUCUGUACUACCUAUGUAAAUUAGAUAUUUUGUAUUAUACAGGGUAUAUUUGUUUCAGGAAAAUUAAUUGGUCUAUAUUAUGAUUCAUCUGGUAAAGAAACUGAUUAUGCUAAAAUGGUGUAUGAAAAAAUAGAAUCAAGUAAAAUGAAAAAAGUAGCUGAAAAAAAAGAAAAUGAUCGCUAUCCAAGUUGUAAUGUAGAAUAUGUUCAAGAACACAAAAGAAGUAAAGUCUGGUGUACUACGUUAAGGUUAGAUAUCUAAUAAAUAUUAACAAUUUGUUUUGAUUUUAAAUAUUUUGCUUAUGAUAUAAUAGUGGUGGUGUUAAGAGAAAGUGGGUUGGAGUACCUCGUAUGCUUCAAACUCUUGACAAAAAUGGGAAGUUAUCUGUCCGUUGUGCAUGUAUACAACAAGAUGAGUUAAGUAAAGUUGAACUAGCACAUAUUGUUGAAUAUGAUGAUUGUGAUACUAACUCAACUACUUGUUAUGUCAAAGUCAGUUAACAAAACUUGUUUUAAUGUUUAUUUAUAAAAAACUUUAAUAAAUAUUUAGGUAUUUCAAAUAUUAAAUUACUUAUAUAUAAUGAGUAAUAUUGUAAAAUAAAUGUAAAAUAAAAACUGUACUUGUAGCUUGUAGUAUUAUUAGUUUUGUAUCUUGCGUAUAUUAAUAUUUGAAAUAUUAUGUAUUUAUUUUAUUUUUUAUUUCUGAGUUCUAAUCACCAAAACAAUAUUUUGUUCUUUGUCCAUUGAUUGUUUUUGUUAUAUUACUUAUGUGUUUAGUAUUAUUCAAAUGUCAAAUAUUUUCCUGUGAUAAUGUCAGAAAUGAUAUGUUAAAUGAUCAAUAGAAAGUUGUAUUAACUUUUUUGAAUUAAAUUGUUUAGUGUAAGUUUAAAUUAUUGUACUUAUUAGUUAUUACUCUUGUAAAUAAUUAUUGUUAUAAACAUUUUUUUCAGUUUAUAUUACUUUAUAAUGUCUGUUUCAUAAAACAUAAGGUAAACAUACAAUUGUUUUAAAUGUUAAAUAUAAAUUAUACAAAUAAAAUAAUGUAUUAUAUUUUGAUUGCCAGAAGGUAAUCUAUCUGUAAUACAUUUAAUUUUGUG